AUGGGAUGGAGUGAGGGGGCGGAAUUAGCCAUACUCGAGCUAUGGGCAGACCGAGUGGGGGAGCUCCGUGGGCUGCGGAAGAAUGCGCACGUCUACGCGGAGAUGGCAGCGAAUCUCGCAGAGCUUGGGUACACCCACAAUGCCAGGGAUGUGCAAGUUAAAUUGCAAAAUUUUUCGCAGCGCUACAGAAAGGAAACGGCAGAAAUGGGUCCUUCCGGUGGGUCGCCUUCUACAUGGGUGCACUAUGAGAGGAUGCACCAAAUAAUUGGAGGGUUCAAGUCAAAUCUGCACACGGAGCUCACGCUUGAAAGCAUUGAUGCUAUAUAG